CUGGGCUGGAGCUGAGAGGCCGGGGAAGGUCCGCCUCGCUCCCAGAAACCGACAUGCCGCCGCCGCCGCUGUUGCUGCCGCCGCCGCUCGCUACGCCUUCCCCGCCGCCCUCCUCCUCCUCCUCCUCCUCGGCGUGAGGCAAGGCUCCCGGGCCGCCAUGAGGAGCCCCGAGGACCUGGAAGGCUUCGACGGCGAGGCGUCCAGCACCUCCAUGAUCUCCGGCGCCAGCAGCCCCUACCAGCCCACCACCGAGCCCGUCAGCCAGCGCCACGGGCUGCGCGGCCUCCGCUGCGACCGCGACUACCUGCGCGGUCCCAGCGGCCGCCUGAAGAUCGCCCAGGUGGUUUUGGCUUUGAUUUCCUUCAUCUGCAUAGAGACCAUCAUGGAAUGCUCGCCGUGUGAAGGACUUUAUUUUUUUGAAUUUGUCAGCUGUAGCGCAUCAGUAGUUACUGGAGUUCUAUUGCUUAUGUUCAGCCUAAAUCUCCACUCAAGAAUACCACAGAUCAACUGGAACACUACAGAUUUGGUCAAUACUGGAAUCUGCACUUGUUUCUUCUUCAUUGCAUCGAUAGUACUUGCGGCUUUAAACCAUAAAAAAGGUGCAGAAAUAGCAGCUGUGAUAUUUGGCUUUUUGGCAACCACAGCCUAUGCUGUGAAUUUAUUUUUAGCAGUUAAAAAUUGGAGAAACACCAACAGACAGCAAAACACGCGACAGACCAGUGACUAUAUACGUGCUCGGACAGAAUCCAGAGAAGUAGAUAACCGUCCAGAGAUUCAACGUCUGGACGGAUGAAAACGGGAACUUCCUGAAAAAAGAAUUUUUUUUAAAAAAAAAGCCUGAGGACCUAUGUUUUAAAGCAAAGAAGAUGCUGGCAAUCAUUUUUACAGGCAGUAAAGGAGAACGUGAUGGCCAAGAACAUGUUCAAAGAGAAGGAGGUGGAUUAAGAAGCAAUUAUAUGAAGGCUAUAAUGACAAUUGCAUUUUUUUUUGCCCAUAAAUAAUGGAGGAUCGAGAUACAAGAAGAGUGGAGAAAGGGAUGUAUAACAUCCAGACAAAAAAAAUAAUAAUAACUAGAAUUAAUGCUAGCAAUAGAUUGUAUUUUUGAAACAUAAUUUUGAUGUUUGGCACCAUGCACUGAGAUGAAAGAUAGCAAGAAUAUAAAUUGGCUAUUGGAUUAUGAAACUGCUAUGUAACAUUUUCUAGCAAGUUUGCCAGGUUACUUUUCGAUCUCACACUCCUACACCUUCGCUGUGUCUCUGCAACAAGCAGCCAGCUAUAUUAAGACUUUUAGCUGGAGGAUCAGGUAAUAUUAACUUUUAACGAUUUUGACUGCAAAGAAAACACCAAGCGCACUCCCUCUGUGGUUACAAUUUAGGUACGACCUGAUAUUGAAUUCUAUCACCUGUUACAUUCGUUCUCUCUUUUUUUACUUUGAAAGAAACACAAAGCAGAUACUGGGGUUGUUUAUCUAAACAUGUAUAGACAAUGUUUUUUUUCUCCUCUCGCUUUUAUGUUCAACUACACGCUGAGGUCUUCAAACUUGGUAGUUUUAAGACUACCAAGCUGUGCUGGCUGGAGAAUUCUGGGAGUUGAAGUCCACAAGUCUUAAAGCUGCCAAGUUUGGGGACCCCUGAGCUACAGGAAAAUCUCAUUGUGGUCAGGGCUUAAGAACAUUAGUUUUGCGUCCAUGGAUCGCUGUGUUUCUGAAACGGUGUAACUGUCCUGAGAACUUAAUAGGUUUGGCUGCUAAUUUCUAUUGUCCAAAUUCAGAUGAAAUGUAUUUUUAAGUUACGCUGUUAUUGUAAAUGGAAUGUGGAAAAGACAUUGGGAGACAGAGUGAAAAGAUGCUUUCCAGGGAAACGGUCAGAUAAAAAAAAACAGCAGAGUUGAAAGCUGGAUAAUGGUUCUGGAAUGGAUAAAGAAGCUCAGAAGAGACUCAUUCUUGGUCUGUUAGAUUCUGUUAAAAAAAUAAAAUUAGAAUUGUGAUUCCUGUCUAGUCUACCUGAUGAGGCUGUCAGUUAUUUAGUUGGAGGCCCUUAAAUGAUAAUUUUCUGGAUGUCAGAUCAGGCAUGUUUGAAGUACGUCUACAGAUUAAGACUUAUUUUGGCCAGUGAACAUAGCCAGUUAUGUGGUUUGUUUAGUAUACCAUUCAUACAAUAUAGUAACUCCAGUUUUCUUUCCACCUUUGUUUGAAAAGGGAGAAAGCCACAACGAUUAGAUUUGUGUUUCAUGUAUCCGUUGCGUAAUGGCGAUCACAAGAUUAAUGCAGCACCCUAAGUAAAUCAAUAGAAUUUGAUGACCCAUUUGUCUGAAAUGUUUCUUUAAGAAUGACAUAGGUCAGCCUUCUCCAGUCUGCCUUUUUUUAAAAUUUGCAUUUAUAUCCCGCCCUUCUCCGAAGACUCAGGGCGGCUUACACUAUGUCAAGCCAUAGUCUUCAUCCAUUUGUAUAUUAUAUACAAAGUCAACUUAUUGCCCCCAACAAUCUGGGUCCUCAUUUUAUCUACCUUAUAAAGGAUGGAAGGAUGAGUCAAUCUUGGGCCUGGUGGGACUUGAACCUGCAAUAAUUGCAAGCAGCUGCUGUUAAUAACAGACUGCAUUAGUCUGUUGAGCCACCAGAGGCUUUCCAGGUGAUCUGAAUUUAUCAUCCCUGAUAACGAGCUGUACAGGUAAUCCUCGACUUAUGACAUUUCUGUUUGCUAAGCAAGGCGGAUUUAUGUGAGUUUCCCCCCUUUUACGACCUUUCUUGCCACAUUGGUUAAGCCAAUCACUACAGUUGUUAACGGUUGUUAAGUGAAUUUGACUUCCCCAUUGACUUUGCUUGUCGCUUGAUCACAUGAUCCCCAGUUAUGACGGUUAUGCAACCAUCUUAAAUACAUGCAAACGUUAAGUGUCCGAAUUUUGAUCGUAUGACCAUGGGGAUGCUGUAACGACCAUAAGUGGGAAAAACGAUCAUAAGUCACUUUUUUUCUGUGUUGUCGUAACUUCAAACGGUCAUAAAUUGAGGAUUACCUGUAUAUAUUCAGCUGAAUGUAAAUUUCUGAUUUGUGCUUUAAAGUGAUUGAGACCAGAUUAAUUAAAUUUUAAAAAAUGCAGGUAUGGAUUGAUUUGAAAAUGGGUCAUUUUUAAAAAUAAAAGGAGGUGGUUUAGUUCCUAUCAUUUGUUCUUACGAAAUGAAAACAUCCUGAAAAGUAGUUUUGACUGGCCAACAUUACGAUGCUUUGGCUGUAAACUAACUUCCUGCAACAUUUGUGCCUGUAGUGAAGCUUUGUUUUUAAGUGAAUCUUUGGGAAAGACAUUGCAUUAAAAAGGGCAGGAUUUUAAGAGUCAUGUGCAUAAUCCCAAUUUUUUUAAAAAAAAAAAUCUUUGGUACCGAUUCUAGCUGCAUUCAAAACUACUUUUGAAAGAGAAGUGCUAAAAGCAGCUUGAAUAAAUGACCUGCUGGGGGAGCAAUUGCUAUUCCAAAAAGUUAGCAAAACAUGUGAUGCCAUGUAGCAGUUUCAUUUUUUCCCGGGUCAGUAGAUGAUAAGUAAAAUAAAUAACGGUGAGAAAAUAGAGGAAAGUUUCACUGCAAAAAUAUCACCUGAAUUCCCCUUUUGUCCUGUCAAUAAAAUUCUGUACUGUAAGUCAGCUUUAUGAUAGAAAAUGGCAACGCAAGGCAGGAUAUGUACUUAAAAGCCUUUAGAAUUCAUCUUAGUUCAGCUCAAUUACUUAGAGAGAAAAACUGAUUUGGCCCUUUAUCUUUGGUUCUGCCACUAAAUAUAUGAGGAUUGUAUGAAAAGUAAUGACUCAACCUUAUCGCUUCUUCCACCAAGGUGGGCUUGGUCAGGAAACAUGCCACAAGACAUGCUAGAACUCUCUUUUAUUGGUAGAAGUUAUAGGAAACCAAACUUGGAAAGCUUAUUGGCGUUUUCCCUUCCUUUCCUCUUAAAUCAAAGAAAAUCAAGGCAGGGCAAUUUUUAAUCCCUUCCCCAUUGUUUCUUGUUUUCCUAGGCUGAACUCUACUAAUAGCCACCCCAUACUUUUCCAACGUAAUAUCUAUGCUCUUCUAUGCUUUGUGAUGAUAGAUAGCGAUGCUUAGUUUCUGGGUGACAAUGAUGAACCUAGUUUUCAUCAGCUGUCACAGUGCUCCUCUUGGUGCGACAACCAGCUUUCAAGUUUCGAAGGUUCCAUUUCUGUCAUCAUUCUGCCAGAAACCCAUCAUGCUCAAACCUUCUGAUGCAGGAGAACAUCCAUAAGGUGACCUGCUAGCCAUGAUUCUGUGGAACACCAAGGUUGACAGCCAUUUCACUCUGAUCCGCUGGUCGUUCUUAAUCGGUUCAUCAACUUUUCUUACGCGAACUCUUGCUCUCUCACAAAUUGCGCACUUCGGUCUUGCUCAGACAAAUGAACUCUUCCCAAUUCGCCAUCUUUGCAUUUACAACUUCACAAUUUUUGUUGGCUCGUUUGGCAGUGAAUUUCAGUUGUGGGAUUCCAUCGGCAGUACGUUGACUAAAGAGCACGGGUGAGUUCCCGCUUGCAAGUGUCUUAUUUCACAAACAAUAAUAGCAAGUCAGUUUUUUUUCCUCUUCGUAAAAUUUUCCACCAAUUGAAGUGGGAAAAACAGAUGGUAAACAGUAUGUUUCUAAUAUGUAAGCAGUAACAUAUACUGCUGAAGGCAUUACUUUUCAUUCAAGACUUGUAAUUUAAGUAAGAACCCACCCUCCGUAACAUGCAUUGCAGCUGUGUUUGGGAAUAUGAUUAUUGUGUGUUGCAAGAGUGACACUUAGCUAAAAAAAUUAGACAUUUUAACAUUAUUGUGUAGAACAGUGGUACGGUACAUUAAAUUGCCUAGAGAAACUUAACUAAAUUUGUGCUUGAUAUUGUCAGAAAUGAUAAGUAUUAGAAGUCUGGAUAUGAUUAUAUAAAAACUUAUAUAAAAAGCUGUGUUAGUCCAUGAGGGCAAAAGUCCAUAAUCCCCAAAUAAUGAUGAAGACCAUCUAAAACAGGGGUCUCCAACCUUGGUCCCCUUAAGACUUGUAGACUUCAACUCCCAGAAUUCCUCAGCCAGCUUUGUUGGCUGAGGAAUUCUGGGAGUUGAAGUCCACAAGUCUUAAAGUUGUCAAGGUUGGAGACCUCUGAUCUAAAACACUGUUUUUCAACCUUGACAACUUGAAGAUGGGUGGACUUUAACUCCUAGAAUUCUGGGAGCUGAAGUCCACCUACCUUCAACCUUCAAGCCAAGCUUGAGAAACAUUGAUCUAAAAAACCAGUCAGCUGGAAAUCUUUUGUCCAACAAUAUUACAAAAACAAAUACAGGGAAGAAGUAAUGUUUGUAUAUCCCAGUAUAGUAAUUAUUAUUUCAUAUUUCCAUGUGAUCACCCAUUGCAUUAGGAACGUACCCGAUCAGAGCUUUGAGGAUGUCAAGAAAACUAACGUAGCCUUAUUGGUUUUCUAAAGCUUCUAAUCACUAAUUACAUUUAUAUAUCACAUUUUGGAUGGGUGUUGGAAAUUAUUUACUUAGCCUAAGUCUGGUAAUGUCAAGUAAUGUUUAUAAAAACAUGAUUAAAGUAAUGUUCUAGAAGCGAUAUACUUUUUAGCAACGACUUCCAUUUUAAGAAUAUCCGGCUUUUAGCUAGGAAAAAAGGGUUUGUGCAUAGUACUCUUUUUAUGAGACGGUUUUAUUUUUAUGAGAUAAGAAGACUGCAUUUUCGGUGUUAAUUAUCUAUGUUUUUCAUGGAAAAAGGUGCUCAGUGUAUUUGAACAACUGUGGUCAGGUUUCAUUUUGUAGCUAAUUGUGAAGAUAUAAGGACCCAAUACACCAUCCAGAUUGUUACAUUUGUGGCUUGCGGUAUUUAGCUAAGGCUUGUCUUUAACAGCUAUGCUAAUAUCCAUAGAUGAAAACUUAAGAAGCUGGAGUGAAACCUAUUCCUUAUUCCUUCCUCUUGACAGCUGCGAUUGAUUUUGGAAAAUCAGUUCACUUUCGGGAAUAAUUUAAUUCAGAUGGCUUCUGAGCCUCAGAAAUAGAUAGGAAGAAAAGGAAUUCUGUUUUU